AAUGUAUAGAAAUUAUUGUGAACAGAAAGGAUGGAAAUUUGAAACAUUAGAGUCACAAUCAUCCGAAGUAGGUGGAUUCAGAGAUUGCACAAUUUCAAUCAGUGGUAAAGGUGUUUUUGGUUUCUUAAAAUAUGAAAGUGGUGUACAUAGAGUGCAACGUGUUCCAGAUACUGAAACUCAAGGACGUAUUCAUACAAGUACAAUUACAGUUGCAAUUUUACCAGAACCAAAAGAAGUCGAUCUUCAAAUUCACGACCGUGAUAUCAAGGUAGAUGUAUUUAGAAGUUCUGGUAAUGGUGGUCAAUCUGUUAACACCACUGAUAGUGCUGUUAGAAUGACCCAUCUUCCCACAGGUAUUGUUGUACAAAUGCAAGAUGAAAGAUCACAACUACAGAAUCGUGCAAAAGCUUUAAAAAUUUUACGUGCUCGUGUUUAUGAGCAAGAAAGACAACGUUUACACUCUGAACGUGAACGUGAAAGAAACUCUCAAAUUGGUAAUGCAACUCGUUCAGAACGUAUUCGUACUUACAAUUAUCCACAAGAUCGUAUAACUGAUCACAGGGUUUCAAUCAAUGGUAAUUUAUCAUCAUGCAUGGAAGAAGAAGGUUUAGAAGGUUUUAUUGAUGAAAUUUUAAUUCAAUUCCAAACCAAGGAAUUGGAGGAAUUAGUAAAUUCAAAAUAAAAUAAAAAAUCAUUUAUUAUUAU